AUGAAUCGUUCACCGUACCGAUACUCAAGCAACAAUACCGUUAACUCAGGAACACCUUGGCGACGUCGAGGAUCGAAUCAUGCAAAUUUUGAUUAUAGGGAGAAAAGUAGAAGUAGUUCUUCUCCUUUAAGAAGAAGAAGAUCCAUUGACAGGAAUGGUUAUAGCAGUUUCAGUUCCCGUGAAAAUACGGUGAGGGAUUUUGGUGGUAAAGAUGACCUGGAUAUCCAAGUGGAGCGUGUGUUUGGCAGCACUGUUCUUUCUGUAGGUGACAUUGUGGGGUAUGAACUUGUGUCGAAUGAUGGAAAGUGGAUGUGGUCUAUAGGUACUAUUCUUUCUUUUGGAUCUAAUGGCGGUGGUGGUAGUGCUGAUAAGAAGGCAAGACGCGGAAGCGGAGCUGUUUCCAGUGGAAUGGAGCCAAAUUUCAUGUCCAUCGUCUGCUGGACGCUGAAGGCGGAUGCGUCUGAGCGGCGUCCAUCGCGUCCGGUGGGUUCACGUCUCGCGGCGAGUGACGGUCGAUCGCUGCGGGCGCUGCGCCGCCGGCUGGACGAAAUCGCGCGGGCGAAGUCGGCACUCGCGCGGGUGCUGCACGCCGAAAAUGUCGAUCGCCGCCUGCGGGCCGCCGAUGCCGUGCGGGAGUCGCUGCUGCGGCUGGACGGCCGGCGGUGGGCGGAGCUGCUGGCGCUCGAACGGCCGACGGCGACGGUGCGGGUGGCGGUGCGGGCCGUCUUUGCGCUUCUCCGCAUCGAACUGCUCGCCGAGACGGAAGAGGAAGAAUGGGAGCGGCAGCGGCGGUUCAUCGCCACCGAUGCGUUCCGCCGUUUACUCGCAGACGCCGCCGCCGCACGGGUGGCAGGCCCAAGUAUCCCAACACCACAAAUCAAUAUCAACGUAAUCACCGAAUCCAAAACACCAUUACCGGCAGUAGUCGAACUCAUGGUACAAUGGAUAGAAAGUGAAUUGAGACUCGCAGAGGCACGGGCCUCUCUAGAAAAAGUGGAUAUCCAACUUAAGGAGUUACAGUCUGCAGAAGAGGAAGUGGGACUCGAAUUGCGUUGGAGAGAGCGUAGUACGAGCAACAAAAGAGGGAAUGAUAGUAUUAAAUACAACAGUGAUAAUGCUGGUGAUUAUAAUGAUCUCGCGAGUGACAGUUUUGAUUAUAUUGACGAUUAUGGUGAUAAAACUGCUGAAGAUGAGAUGGAUGAAGAAAAUGAUGAAAAAUACAUACGUGCUGUCGUUAAGAGUUUUUCAGAACACGGUCGUGUUUUAUUUGUGAGAGGUAGUGAUACAACUUUUGUGGUCCAGUCUUCAGUGUUUUGCAGAUUUGCGGGACGUGGAGUGGAGCCUAUGUUAGAUAGUUUGGUGAUACAUCGAGAGCGUCUUGUACGUAUUCGUGACGCUGCUCUUAAUAAACACAGACGUGUAUCAACUAAUACUUCCACAGUCAAUGGAGGAGGUAGGAAAUUGACACAUGAGCAAAGCAAUAAAUUAUUGGAUGCAGCAUGUCAAAUAGAGGUAAUGUAUGAACAGUCAUUUAGACGAGAACGUCUCAUGGUGCGUGAAUUGGAAUCACUAUAUGAAAAACAUAUCCAAUACACAGAUGCACAGUUACGACUUCUUCGUCGUUCUUUAGCGGCUAAAACUUCUGCUGCAGGUUCAACAAAUAUGCAAAACACAGUAAGUGUAAUGGAACUAACUGCUGCUCAUAAUAGGGUUAAGGAGUUAGAAGAAACUCUUCGAGAAAAAGAACAAGAGUUACGAAAUGUACAGGCUAAACAUGAUAAAGCAAUCAAAAAAGUUCAAGAUCGACUGAUCAGAGAAGCAGGAAAAGGAGAAGUAUAUGAACAAACUCGACUCUCAGUCUCAAUGUUUCAAAGAUUUCGUUUGGAACAUGAAGAAGAAGUUAUUCGCCUACGUAUAUCAUCAGAUGAAGCUAGUCAAUGGUCACUCCUUCUUAUGCAUGAGUUGGGAGGAUCAAAAGAUCUUGCUAUUGCUGAUAUGAGUCAAAGGUAUCUACAAGAAGUAGGAUCAUUACAAGAAGAACUAAAGAAUCGUGAAAAGCGUCAGUUAAAAACAGCUUCUAUUCUUAAAAAAUCUCUUAAAAAUAAUAAUUGGGAGAGACAACGGCAACGACAAGAAAAAGAAGAACACCUAGUAGAUGAUGAAGAACAACAAAGUGGAGAAAUAGCAACCAUGUUAGCAGUAGAACGAGCACUUCAUAUUCUCUGUGGUACAGAUUCUCUUGAUACAUCUAUGGAAACACUUCCAACUCUUCAAUCAGAAGAUCGUGCACAAUAUAAGAAAACUGGCAAACGAAGUUUACCUAAUCAAGGUGGAGUAUUCAAAAGAUCAAAUACAGCGAAACAAUUUUCUCCUAUACAUGAUGAAGAAAAAGAUCAUGAUGAUGUUGUUAUUUUAAAGGAUCGUUUAGUUGAAGCCAUGCAAGAACGUGAAUUAAUUCAGGAAAUACUUGCACGUGAACAAGAAAGGAAUCGUCUCUUAACAGAAGAAGGAGAAGCACUACGUUCAGAAUUACUACAAGAGGUUGAACGUCAUGCUGUAUUGGAAGAAAUGGUAAAGAAUUUACAAGGGGAGGUUAGUGCAAUGAUGGGAUCUAUUCGAUCUGCUUCUUCUUCUUCUGAUAAUAUAAAGGGUCCUAAUGGUGAAAAUACUGUGAAUCGACGAAAUUGGCAAUAUAGGCAACGUGAUACUAUCGCAAAGCUUCGAGCUAUUAUUACUAUGUAUGAUAGACAAUUAUCAGAGUUACUUGAAGAAGAAGGAUUAAGUAAUGAUAAUAAUGAUGAUCUUAUUGAUUAUAAUAAUAAUGAAACUAAAGUUUCUACAUUACUUAAUACUUCAUUUUCAUCCUUAAGAAAAUAUCUUGCACGAUUAAAGGAAGCCUGUGCAGUAAUGCAGGCAGAACGGGAUGCCCAAGCCGCAGAUGCCAAUAUGUUGGAGUCUUAUUUAAAAACAGCAGCGGAUGCAUUAGAGAAUGCCCUUGUACAUGAUGAACGCUGGCAACCACGAACAACGAAAUCCAAUCAUACCACUUGGCAUUGUAAAACAUUCCCUGGAGAUGAUUGGGGACGUGUUAUUAAUGAAACCCCUGAAGCUCUUUCAAAGGCCCUUGUACACGAUAUAGUCUCUGCCUGUCACUUACCAGAUGAAUACGUAUUGAAUCUCACAUAUUCGGAUGAAGGUUCUAUGCUUCGCGUCUCAUUUGAUCUUCGUCAUGAUCCUUCCAUUACAGCUGAAGAAAUUGUUCGUCGUCUAAAUGAGUGUAACUUUUAUCAAUUGGAGAAAUUGUACGCACGUCGUUUUGCCCCAGAAGAAGGUAUUGAUACACUGAGAAGAGAAUUACGUGAAAAGAAUGAAGAAAUGCGCAGACUUCGUGAAGUUAUUUCAAGACUUCGUAAUGGUUCGAGUGCAUCAUGGAGCACAACUAGCGUACUCUCUUCACUUGAUGUGUGA